AUGUCUAAUCCUUUGCCGGUUAUAACUAUACAAUGCGAUUGGAACGAUAUUAUAAAAUUACCCAAAGGAAACGCUUGGAUAACUUCAAAAAUAUUAAAUGAAAAUGGUAUCCAUGAUAAGCUUUCCACUAUUCUGAGUGAUGGGAAAGUGAAAAUUAUGUUUUCAGACAAUUACCAAUACAUUUCUCAUGGACCAUUGAGCUUGGUAAUAAAACACAUACCCUCAGAUCUCAAGGUGGCCUUCAUAGCCCCCUCAAAAGCUCAUAAAAUUCAUAGCAAAGGUGUGUUGUCUGUAGCAGUAGCUGAGAAUGCUUUAGCUGUGUCAUCGUGUGAACAAGAUAAACUUGUGGUUUGGGAUAGCAGGACAGGUGAUCUAAACCUCGAGCUGAAAGGCCAUGGUGGUCCAGUUUACAAGUGCAGAUUCUUCCCAUCAGGGAUUGUAGUGUUAUCUGCCGGUGCUGAUGGUUCCUGCAGGAUCUGGUCUGCGGAGUCUGGAAUUAAUCCUGUUACUUUGAAGGGACACACAAUGGCUGUGUGUGAUACCUGUAUCAUUGAAAGAGGAAGAAAUGUUAUAUCUGUUAGCAAAGAUGGUUCAGCAAAAUUAUGGGAUGUUGGUGAAUCAAAGUGUCUGGCUAAUGUUGUUGAAGGACAUGGACAGAUCAACUGCUGUGCCCUCUCCACAACUAGUGAGGAAGUUGAAGUUGAAAAUGAGAGAGAGGUAGGCACAAAUAACAAAUUGCUGGUAGUAGGAUGUGAGAGUGGACAAGUAAUCUGUUCUCAUGUGGCCAAGAGAGCUCAAGUUUAUACUAAGCAGUUGGAUUCUGCUUGUAACACAAUCAUUAUCUUGGACCAAUCUAUAAUUAUUGGCUGUAGCGAUGGAAAGAUAGUAAAAUUAAAUCUUGAAAAUGGAUCACUAUUAAAAGAAUGGCAUGAAUCAGCCAGUCCUGUGCUCAGCAUGGUAGUUCUGACCAAUCAAAUGUUUGCUGUGGGACGACAGGAUGGCACAUGCACUGUGUUCACUCUUGAUGAGGGUGACUCUAAACUUAGAGUGCAACUGACUGGUGCCGACUGUGAUGGCAUCAGGGACCUCUCGUUCAAUGGCAAGUGGGUAUUCGCUGGCUGUAGAGAUGCUAUGGUGCGGAAAUACGAUUUUAAUCAAAUCAAUGUCCAUUUCAAAUAA